AUGGAAGAAACCAGCUCUGCCUCUACCCUGCUUUCUCUACCUGCCACAACCUCAACUUCCCCUGUUUCAUCCACCUCACCAGAGAGUAGCCCUUCCUCUUCACUUCCUGCGACUUCACUGCUCACCUCUGGUCUGAUGAAAACCACAGACAUGUUCGACACAAGCCCCGAACUAGAGGCCAGUUCAAUUCCAGAUUUAAGCAGCACUGCAGAUACAGAAGUAGUGAGACCUUUCACGAACACAGCACUGACCCAUGUAGGAAUCACGAGUUCUGGACACGAAUCACAUUCCUCUGAUCUAGCUGACUCAGAGACAUCCAAAGCCACAUCGCCAACGGCUGCCACCUCCACCACUGAGGACAUAACUGUUUCCUCUUCAACUCCUGCCUUCUCUGAAACUAGGAAGAUUCAUACAAAACCCAUUUCUUCCCUGACUUCUGGACUGAAGGAGACCAUCACAUCUGAGGAGACCAGCUCAGCCACAGAGACAGGCACUGUCAUGUCUGAACUGCCCCCCAGUGCUACUACGGAG